AUGAGCUCCAAGCACUCCUCCGACUGGAUCCCCUACAGCACUUUAGAUGAUGAGGGCACCAACCUCAGACAGCAGAAACUGGACAGACAGCGAGCGCUCCUUGAACAGAAACAGAAGAAGAAGAGGCAGGAGCCUCUAAUGGUCCAGUCUACUGUGGAUGGGAGAUCUCGCACUCGCCGGACCAAACAGAGCGAGGAACAGGCUCCGCUGGUGGAAUCCUACCUCAGCAGCAACAGCAGCACCAUCUACCAUGUGCAAGAAGCUGAACAGGAGGAGGUGAAGGUGAUAGCGGACCCACAGCCGCCUCGCUCAGCCAAAAAGGGCAAAGCAUCGGCCAGCUCCACUCCACAGACAGGCAGUGACAAGAAAGAGAGGAAAGGGAAGCACAAAGGGAUGGAUGGCCUGGCUUCCCAGCAAGACGAUGGUCAGAUCCAGAUCUUGACAGUGGGUCACCCCAGCACAGAGGAGGGCGAGGGAGAGCCUAUCAUGAGCUGCACUCAGUCGCAGAGUAAACAGGACCUGCGGGUGACCAUGCUCAAGAAAGGUAUAUCCAGCAGCAUGAAUUUCGAUGAAGAAGAAGAUGAUGAAGAUGAAAUUAGCUCUAGUUCCUCCCAGCUCAACAACAACACGAGACCAGGAUCCGCAACUAGCAAAAAGUCGUGCAAGGAGGUAGCCUCAGCACCAACUCCACCAGUCAGUGAACCAGCCGUUGAUGUUGAUGACCUUGAAGAGUUUUCCCUGCGACCUGCACCCCAGGGGGUCAGAGUGAAGUGCAGAAUCACUAGGGAUAAGAAAGGCAUGGACCGAGGCAUGUAUCCCACCUACUACCUUCAUCUGGAGAGAGAGGAUGGCAAGAAGGUGUUUCUGUUAGCAGGGAGAAAGAGGAAAAAGAGUAAAACAUCCAAUUAUCUCAUCUCCAUUGAUCCCACUGAUCUGUCCCGAGGUGGAGAGAGCUUCAUUGGUAAACUGAGGUCAAAUCUCAUGGGGACCAAGUUCACUGUAUAUGACAGUGGUCUGAACCCUAUGAAGAGCACCACCAGCCUCGAAGCUAGCAACCUACGUCAAGAGCUAGCAGCCAUUUGCUAUGAAACCAAUGUCUUAGGUUUCAAAGGACCUCGCAAAAUGAGUGUCAUCAUUCCUGGAAUGAACAUGGACCACGAGAGAGUGUCAAUUCGCCCACGCAAUGACCAUGAGUCAUUGUUGGCCAGGUGGCAGAACAAGAACACAGAGAGUGUGAUUGAGCUUCACAACAAAACGCCUGUGUGGAAUGACGAUACACAAUCAUAUGUGCUCAACUUCCACGGCAGAGUCACGCAGGCCUCUGUCAAGAAUUUCCAAAUCAUUCAUGACAAUGACCCUGACUACAUUGUGAUGCAGUUUGGCCGUGUGGCAGAAGAUGUCUUCACCAUGGACUAUAACUACCCAAUGUGUGCCCUCCAAGCCUUUGCCAUAGCCCUUUCCAGCUUUGACAGCAAGUUAGCCUGUGAAUAG